AGGCUGGCUGCAAUGGAAUGUUUAUGAUUCAAUCAGGAAUUACUAUGUUAUGGCGGCCAAUUAACAGUGUAUCACUGGCAACGGAUCGAGCAGGUAUCUGCUUUGAACAGUUGAUGACAAAUGAAUAAUAAAUAUUGCAUGAUAAUUUAACACGCUGAAUUUACUGCGGCUUCGAGAUGUCGAACUUAUACCAGUCAACUACAGAAUCCUUAGAGUCGUUAAAUAACUGGCCUACUUGUGCACCUCCCCUGCCUUGUAAAAAGCGAAGAGGUAUGGACAACCGAGGGGCAGGGACAAAAAGUGAUGUCGAGCUUGGUGAGGUUUCGACAAGACAGAAAAGAGACAGAGAUGGAGAUGAAAGCAAAGAAAGUCGCAAACUUGUAUCACUAUCUUGUGUGCCUACACAACAAAGACCAAAUGACCCAAGGAAGACAUCAAGUGAUUCGGUGGCACCACCAAAUAUUACCGGCAGUCAAGAAAGCUUACCUAGUGGACCCUCAAAAAAGAGAAUGAGCAGAGCAAGAUCUGUCAGAAAGAGUAUUGCAAAGAAUACACUAGUAUUUUUUGGACUGGAUUUAGAACAAGAACUUCAAAGACAGAAAUGGCAAGAACGAAGGAUUCGCCAUUGUAGCAAACGAUAUGGGAAGAUGAAAGAUGAUUUGAUUGAUUUUGAAUGUGACGAUGAAGUGACAGACACAGGCACGCCAAGGAGAAGUAUUGUUAGUAUGGGACCAAUGAUGAAAUCAAGACUAAGCAAACGAGAAUCCGUCCCAAGUAUGGUCUUUAAUGGAUUGAAAAGGAGGCUAAGUACAAAGCCAAACGAUCGUACUCAUGACGUCUUCAGUGGACGCAGUUUUGCACCUAAAGAUCUAGCCACAGUUGAAGGAGAUGAUGUUGACUUUGACGUGACUUCCCCAAUGUCACAAGACUUGCGUGAUAGUGUUUUCUUCGACUUCCAUCACGAAAUUCACGACGUUAUCCAAGAGGAGCCAGAGGUCCUUCAAGAUGAACUCCCUGCUCCUCCCGAAAUACCAGAAAGAGCAGCGUCACCCGCUUUAGGAGCUGGGUGGAAGCGACAGCAGAAGGAAAAAGCAACAGAGAGAGAUAAGGAAAUAGUCGCAAAGCAGUUGGGAAUCAAAGCAGUGCAGACUCACGUGAUCAGGACGCCAAGUGAACGGAGACACCGCAUGCAGCAUAGGCCAGUUAUUAAGAAGAAACCAAAGAAGGCGACACGGCGUUUUGGGCUUGGGUUGGCAGGAAUGGUUGAUAGAAAGUUGAAGAAGAGCAGAUUGUCAAGUACAGUUGCGAAGCAGCUUGAAGAAAUUUCUGAUCACAGGCCAUUUUUCACUUACUGGGUCUCAUUUUUACAAGUUGUGAUCUUGAUAGUAAUGGUGUCAGUAUAUAGUUUUGCUCCAGUGGGUACUUCAAAGAAAACAGUUCAAGAAAAGGUAACAGUGAGCAGAAAUGGAAAAACGCAGGUCGAGGUUAUAGCUAAAUUGGUAUUUGAGAAUUUCUGGAUUGGGCCUAGCCAGGAGGAUUUGAUUCGUUUGGGUGCCAAGUAUGCCCCAUGUAUGAGACGAGACAAACUGUUGUUUAGAACUCUCGAUGCAGAGAAAGUGAUUGAGAACAGAACUGGCUGCUGCGUGCAAACGUAUUACACGGGAUGCAUUCAGACUUUGAGGGAAGACUGCAUGACGUCAUUUGCUAAAUUCGUGGAUUACAGCCCAAAGAGCAGAUCAAAAGCAGUUUGUGGACAGGACCCCAAAGCUUGCACAAAUCCUGCAUCAGUUUCUCCGCAUAUUUGGUCGCCAAAUGACAUAUCAAAAUGGCCUGUUUGCAAGCGAAACGUGAAUUUGCAGACGCUGGAUAAGCAAGACUACCCUCAUCUCCGCUGCGAAAUUACAGGCAGACCAUGCUGUGUUGGCGCGCAAGCUAAGUGCUUGAUAACGAGUAGUGAACACUGUAAAUUUCUUGGUGGAAGAUUCCAUGCCCAUGCAACCCUAUGCUCACAGGUUGACUGCCUUAGUUCUGUGUGUGGACUUCUUCCGUUUCUGAAGCUUCAGACUCCUGAUCAAGUGUAUCGCCUGUGGCUUUCUCUUUUCCUUCAUGCAGGGAUUAUCCAUAUCAUCAUCACACUAGUCUUCAACUUCACCAUAUUGCGGGAUAUUGAGAAAAUGGCGGGCUGGGCGCGGAUCGCCGUUAUUUACUUGUCUGGAGGCAUUGGCGGUAAUCUUUGGAGCUCGGUCUUAACUCCAUAUCAAGUUGAGGUAGGACCAUCUGGUGCGUUGUUUGGUGUCAUAGCUUGCUUGUUUGUGGAGCUUUUCCAAAGCUGGCAACUUGUCGCCCACCCAGUGAAGGCCCUCAUUAAAAUGAGCUUAAUUGCAUCGAUUCUGUUCCUGGCAGGUCUCCUGCCAUAUGUGGACAAUUUCGCUCAUAUAUUCGGGUUCAUAUACGGAUUUCUAUCGGCUUUCGCCUUUCUUCCCUACGUCACAUUCGGCACAUGGGAUCUUCGACGAAAGAGAAUCCAAGUUAUCGUGUCUCUGGCUAUUCUUAUUGCUCUCACUGUAGUUGGCUGUAUCUUAUUCUACGCCAAGCAGGAGUUUAGCUGUCCAGGCUGCGAGUACUUAAAUUGUAUACCCCUCACGUCCAAUUUCUGCGAAAACUCACAUAAAGGACAGAUGUUACAGCCACGAUAAAAUAGGACAAACAACGCUGGUUGUUUUUUGUAAUUCCUCGAGAAGGUCGCGGGUAGACCACGAAGCAUCGCCAAAGGCAACAACUUCAUACCAGAUGUACCAAACGAUAUCUUUAUCUCUUGGUUUCGAUAAUAACUCUUUCAUAACAGAGCAGUAUCAUUAUUUCAAUUAUAUACAAAAAUGUAUUUUCAGGACAUUUUGAUUUUAUAUGAUAGUUUUUACCGUAAUGCCUCGAAUAAGCGCCCGGGCGCUUAUUUAAAAAGUGGAUUUGGGUGCAAAUUGUGUUGUUCAUUAAUCUUUCUUGUUGAAUUGCCUUCCAAUUAUGUUUUCUUGAAAAUUCGAAUAAGCGCCCGUUUCUGAAGUUUGAAGGAUGGGCACUUGUUCGAGGGUUGGGCGCUUAUUUUAGGGGGCGCUUAUUCAAUAACUUCACCUCUAGGGUAGGCGCUAAUUCGAGGGGGCUCUUAUUUCAGGGGGGCGCUUAUUCAAGUCAUUACGGUAUGUUAAAAGAAGGACUAAGCAAAGGCCGUUGUUACUCUUUCACGUAAUUUGAGCUGUUCAUUUACGUGUAAUUAUUCUUCGUUCUCUACAAAACUAGAGUUUCUAAUGUUUGUAUGUGAGGUGCUUCUUUGGUUCAGUAUUUCUGCACGGGAACCUGAUCUAACUUUGGUUAAUAAGCAUACAUAAAAUUAGUCUAUGGAAAAUUUGUGUAAGUUAUACCCAGCUGGUUUUUGAGGGUAAAUACGAAGUAUCUUUUGAAGCCAGAGAUCGACUCUGUUUCAAACCAAAACGAAGUGAAUACUAGUAGCAAUGUUGAAGCCUCGGCGAUCAGACAUAACUAUGGUGCAUGACUUUUUUAUUGACGACUGUCCAGAAGAUUGACUAUUUAAAAUCUUAGAGUUUUUAGCAAGUUCCGAUCUAAAAGCUUUUAAGGAAGCCAAAGUUAAAGUUUGAUGACUUUCUUAAAGUUUUAGAAAAUUCACAUUUAAAAGCAGGUUAAGGCCUAAUAGUUUUAAUCAAAGUUUUAGAGCAAGCUAGAAUAUCUUUCACGAUAGUGUAUACAUAGUUUUUCAGUACUUUCUGCUCACUACAUAGUAAAAAGCAAUUAUUUUGUCUUUACUUAAACUCAAUAGUGAUCUACUCUAAGGUCUUUAAUAGAAGGGGGGGGUCAGAAAUUUUUCAAAAAAUAAAUAAGCGGGGGGUGCGGGUCCUACUCCUACUAAGUGCGGGGGUCGGAAAUGUGAAAAUCUGAAAAACCACCUGAUGAUUCUUUCUUGGGGUCAAAUGAGAUUUUCUUCUGAAUACAAUCGAUAGCAAAAUGACAAUUAUCACCAUGUAAUAAUGCAUUGUUGUAUUACUAAAAUGAGCAGGCUAAUUAUCAUUGUGUACAUCAGUCAGGCCUAUAUAUAAAUUUUUUUAGGAUGUCACUUCUUUUCUAUGUUAACCUUUGUACGAUGCAACCUCUUCAUUUAAUAUAAACUUUACAGAAAUUUCACACCUGCACAUCUACAGAAAGAUCAAAGGAUAAAUGAAAUAAGGGAUAUGAAUGACUGCAUAUAAAAAUUAAUAAACGGGAGGGGGUCCAAAUAAGCUCAGGGAGGGGGGUCAGAAAAAAUUAAUAAGCGUCCCCCCUUCUAGUAAGGACCUUAAGAGUAUGUAGAGCUUGCAUUUUUGCACCUGAUUAUUCUCAUGAUCAUUUUACUCGUUCCCCACUCGGUAGACCCUACAUAUAGUACUACAAUGUAUUUUAUCAUAACAUUGUAAUCUAUAAUUCGAUUUCUAUCUGGGGGUAUUUCAUCUAUACUUGGCUUCUAGGUAUGUUAGCAAUUACCUCGUCUAUGUCAGCAUUCUCCACCAGCAAAAAGGAUACAACCCUUUUAGUCCUAACUAACAUUGAUCUGUUUCAAACCUUGUAGGGAACAUGUCAUCAACCUAUCCCUUAUUCAUAUGCUCGUCUAGUUUUCAAAGCAGCGAAAUCAAUUAUUUUGAUUGCAUUUCCACUAGCUCAAUACAUUUAUACAUAUGGGCGUGUCAAGUGUUUAGGGGGGCUAAGCAUUGGUCUUUCACAAAUAUUAUUGCUUCAUUGAGAUAACUCUCCUAAUGGGCAUUAAAUCCAAUAAAUUUUGUCUGAUUGGGGGGCCAGGGGAUUCUCCUACACCUAAGUUUGUUGACCGAUCUUUGCAGCAAAUUUUUACAUUAUCCUAGCAUUUUCUUUAACAUGUUACACUUGUUCUGGUUAUCUCUGCUUUAUUAAUGUCACAAUUGCCUGAUCAUUGCUGUCCAAAUUAGUCAUUUUUCUUUUCCUUUCUUGAUUUUGUGCAUCCUUUAUUGAUAGAGUUUAGUAUCUUUCUAAAUAAAUUCUGUCUGGCUUUUGUCAGGCCUUGCUCUAAGUAAAAUGAAGGUGCUCCAUAAAAAGAACCCUUUGAAACUCUAGGCGCUCUAUUUCGCACCUUUAAAUAAAAUAUCCUUGAGAGCAUCUUUCAAGAGCUUUGGAAGAUUGAGAUCUUCAGAUUGAAAGCUUUGGAAGAGUGUUAAAUAAGAAAUUCAAUGCUGAUACCAAAAAGCACCAUAAUAUGAAAUAACAAAACAUGCAGCAAACACUAUGUUAAUACCAAUAAAGAAAUUUGAGAAAAAGCAUGGCUUUAAGUCGAACAUUUAACUUUGUUGCCUUUUCUAUGCUAUCCAUUCUGUAAGAGACACUAGAACAUCUACUACUCGCGAAAGCAAAUGCAAACUGAAAAGCAAUGCGGUAAUUUGGACGGAAAUGUGAUCUCUGAUUUGCAAAGGUGAUUCUAAAUUAUUAAGAAAAAACAGAAAAUAAUACUUCAACAGAAGAUUAACGCUUGCUCGAAAAUCAAAUAAAUCUGCCGGAGAAUACGCUUGAUGGCCUGUCUACUUGAUGGUUAUUAGAGGGUUAUUAGAUUAAAAAUGGUAUCGAAAACCCAACGUUGAAUUUGCUGAAUUUUUUUCUCAAGGGCUAAUCUUACGCAAAUCAUAAUAUUGCGGUCUAUUGGGAAGAUUGUUUAUGCUUGAUAAAGUUUAUUAAACAAAGGCCAAAAAAUUAUUUCGCUCCGUGGUAAUAUUGUCUUUACGUUUUGAGGGGCUCUAUAAAUCGCUCUCCAAGGCUUUUUCUGGGUGCGCUCUAGGCGCGCGCGCUCGAUCGAGCGCCUUUCCGGGCAAGGCCUGUUUUGUGUGUUUUUCUUCUAAGACACAUAGUAUUUUCUGGAACCAUUGGUCCUGUGGUUUGAUUGUUUUUUUGCCCCGGGUAGAUGCAUGAUUUGAAACUGACUGCAUACAAAUAUUGAAUUCAGAACUUUCAAUGCAGACCUUUAAGAUUGUUAGCACAUAAAAUUUAAAAAGAAGAAGAAGGUACUAGACUUCAAGAAACACCAAAGCAUUUAAUUUCAAUUGUUUUCCCAUCUAACCACAAUUUUACAGUAAUUAACAUUGCCAACUUUCAAAGAUUAAUCAUAUUCCCUUCUAGGGUCCACUUGAGACGGGUGCAGCCAUGCGACCUCCUGGAACAUGACUUUUCGCAAGAUGGUCAGUAAACUCUUGGUAGGGAGAUUUACCAAACUGAGUUUCUUUCCACAUAUCUGGUGUCAGAUAUGAGUAUGUUCUUGAUAUUGCCAUGUAAGUUGCUUUGGC